GUGGGUGAGAGAGAUUUCACAGCACUUUGUACGCCGAAAGCGUUGCACAUCAUUGGUGUAUCGUACGAGGACAACGCUGCAUGUUUUCAUCCCUAAGUACUUUACUGGACUGUAUUGGACCUGAUUGACUGUUUAAGACUUCUGGACAACUACUCUGAUUCAUUCUGUCUCUAUCUCUUGGAUUGCUGCCAAAACACUUGCUGCAGAGCUUUAAAAAAAAAAAAAAAUGCUCAUCGGACGCAAAUCGUUUUGGAGGCAGUUUCAGGCUUCUUUUUUCAGACUGUUAUGUCUCAUUCCUACAGGAUUCCCCGUCCGGAGUGUGGACAUGCAGCGGGCCACCGACAACAUCACGGUCCGCCAGGGUGACACGGCCAUUAUAAGGUGUUAUGUUGAUGACAAGACCUCCAAGGUGGCCUGGCUCAAUCGAUCCAACAUUAUCUUUGCCGGUGAGGACAAGUGGUCUCUGGACCCCAGAGUCGAUCUAGUUACCAAAGGACAACUUGAGUACAGCCUACGCAUACAGAAGGUGGAUGUUUAUGACGAAGGGUCGUACACUUGCUCCAUACAGACAAAGCAGCGGCCUCGGCCCUCACUGGUCUACCUCAUUGUGCAAGUCCCAGCAAACAUCUACAAGAUGUCAGAAGACAUGAUAGUGAACGAGGGCAGCAAUGUUACACUCAGCUGCUUGGCUAGCGGCAGGCCGGAUCCGCUAAUUACUUGGCGGCUGCUCAACCCCUCAGCCGAGCCGCUUGAUGGAGAGGAGUACUUGGACAUCAUUGGUAUAAUGCGAACCCAAGCAGGUCGCUACGAAUGCAAGGCCAGCAAUGAUGUCGCCACGCCUGACGUCAAAUAUGUCAAUGUGAUUGUCAACUACCCGCCAACCAUAAAGAAAACCCAGAGCUUGGAGGCCCAGCUUGGCGGCAUAGGGACGUUGGGUUGUGAAGCCAACGCUGUGCCCACACCGGAAUUUGAAUGGUACAGGGACGAAAAAAGGCUGUCCAAUUCUGAGGCCUUCAAUAUCCAAGUACUUGGCACUUAUACUAUUCUCACCAUUUCAAGUGUUACUGAAGAGGAUUAUGGGAAAUAUACUUGUGUGGCCUCUAACCGACUGGGUGUCCAAAAUUCUAGUGUCUUCCUCUACAGACCUGGAACAGGCCGAGAUAUCAGCGGCGCCGCUUCCGUAUCUCAAUCACUGUGGCUCCUCAUGACCUCUAUCGCCUGCCUUUUCAUCAAGUGUUAAUACCUCUCCUCUUCUUCUGCCUCCCACUUGGCCUUUGACCUUCCCCAUUCACUUCCUCUCCUACUCGCCGACAUCCUUAUUGCUACACCGACCUUACCGCCUCCAGACUAUUUGCAUCGUUACGAACACCUUACGUGCUGUCAAGCACUGCUUGCAAAUAUUAUGCCAAGCGUCUGGUAAUGAAUAUGACACCAUAGACGUGAAAAAAAAAAAAAAAAAACAUGUGAAGGACAGAAUCAGCAAACAGUGCUCUUUUAAUGAAUUGUGUUGCUUUUUUUAAUACGUACGCAUUUUUUUGUUUCUGCUUUUCUGCGGCUGGUUUAGAAUUUGGUGUAUUUGUGUCUUUGUGGAAUAACAUAAAGAUAUUCCACUUACGAGGAUGCCAACAGUCUUUUGAAGAAUUUCAGCGUUCCGGAUUUUGCUUAUUCAGUGCAAUAAUAUAAGUUGGAAUAAUCUGCCAAAUUUUACAUGAUGAGAUAGGAUCAAAUAUUCUAGCUGCAGUAUUCGUGUAGUCAAGUAAACUUUAUUCAGAGUAUAAAUUGAUCUGGUGAUGAAUACGAUCAUCAAUCUUUUGUGACGUCGCUACCUUUUUUUUUUUUUCCCAACACCAUUUUUUCUAAAUCUCUCUCAGCCUAUUCUCAUGAGAAUUGAGUAGGUUGUCACGUCAGAUAAAAUGCCAGGCAAGCAAAUAUUUUAUCUGACUCUUCCGAGAUGUUUCCAGCAGUUGGGGAAAAAAAAUGGAAAGUAAAUACAGUCAAAUUUGUUUUGGUGCCUGAAAAUGCAAACAUUUUGAAAGGUAUCCAAGUUUUUGAACGUUUUAUUUCAUCACAUAAGCGCAAAACAUGUCAGACUGUGAAAACGGAAGACGUUCAUGUGUGCUUACGCAAGUAUUUCAUGACCAAAAUAAAAAAAUGGUGCUGGUCAAAAACAUGUACUUGCAGCUCUGAUUUGUUGCCACUGAUAUACUUUGAGCAUAACUUCAACUGGCAACGGAGAAUGAAUCAUUUGAGUUCAAGCAAAUUACAAAUUAUUCGAUUUUUUUGGUUUACAGUGGGCAGUGGAAUGUCUCUUCCGGCUUGUAAGAAUUCAAAACGAGAGCAGCACCAUUGAAUGUUUAUUCACAUCAUGCUAUUGCAUCAUCACGUCCCCUCUACACAACAGCUAAAAUACGAAAAACAUGUCUGUGCUUACACCGGUGCCGUUGUUUCUUCAUUUCACCGAACCUCAAGUCACUUGCAUGCUGUUUGGUCACAUUUCCACUGUUGUGACAACUCAAAGUAAAGUACUGUAAAACAUUUGUGUAUUUACACUGACUUGAUAGUGAGUGGGGCGUGUAAAGCUGUUUGCUCCUGUUUUGAUUUCAAACUAUGAGUUUGUUCUAUACAAAAACAUUUCAAUGAUACUUCACACUUGUAAGUGGAAAAAAAAAUUAACAAUAGACAUUUCCGAAAGAAUGUUUAUUGUUUUAAAUGUCAUCAUCAUCUCGAAAAUUUUUGCUUUGGACCGAGAAAAUAACUCUAGACUAAUGAUAAUUCUAAUCUUUAGUGUGAUGUUUCCAGAAAUAUCCUUUAUUCAAAAUGCUGGCAACAGUUGUGUCCUCGUGUGACAUCCUGCUAGGUUCAUCGGCCUCACUUUGACCGAGGAACAAAAACAAAACAGAAUAAUUGGCCUUGCGUUAAGAGACCAUAGACAACCAAAGAAGAUUAAUUUCCAUUUUGCAAUUUUCAACAAAAUCAGAAAGAACUCCGUAUAACAUACUGAAGGAUCCUUUCACAGGUCAUCUCAGAGUCCAGCCAACACCCAAAGUGCCAUCCUAAGAUGAAUAAACCAACCACAACAUUGAUACAGCUCUGGUUGGAUCUCAUUCCAAGUGGUAGUAAUGUUGUGGCUGGUUAAUGUAUUUCCAUUUGUGUAGUUCACAAAAGUGAUAUUCUAAUAGCUUGUACGCUUUGUUAUUAUGAACAAAUACGCUCUUGUUUUUCUGUUUGUGCCACAGAAACCAUAUUUGUCGUGGAAAUGUAAUUUACUUUCCAAAUCAUCGAGACGUUAUCUGAACCAAACACCAUAUUGACAUUGAAUAAAAAUACACACCUCAUCCAUCUUAUUUUCUGCCACAUAUCCUGUUGAGGGUUGCGGAUGAGCCACGUGACAGCUGAUUGUGAGCUCAAGGCAACGUCUCACUCUGGACUGGUCACCAGUCAAUCCUAUAGACAAAAACAGCAUACACAGCUUUGUGAAGUUUUCACUAAACCUCCCAUGCAUGUUUGUGGACAGCUGGCAGUCUAAACAGGAAAAUUGUAUGGCAGAUACAAUCAAUUCAUUUAUGGUCCUUCAGACCGAUGUCCAAUUCCGUCCUUGCAGUUAGAAAGCAAUCCAUCGGCACUUAAUGUUUUACACCUCACCACUGCUGAACUUGACACCAGACAAGCAUGUGGCAAGCGAAAGUUCAAGGGUGACAAUUCUUUCGAAUUCUUUCUUUAUGUCCUCUGUGUGUAUAUACAGUGUGAUGUUUCUACAGUAGAAUGUUGUAAAAUCAACAAAGCCUCUAACUGCAAGUAUUCAAUGGGAAAAUGUAACAAUGGCAUUUGUACUUAAGAUUCAAUCAAGCAUUAAGGAACAGCAAUGUCCCACUUUUGUCUAUUUUACUUAACUUUAUUAUGGCAUAAGGUAAUUGCAGUUUCUUAAAAAAAAAAAGAUAUGUAAUAAAAGUAAAUGAGAUUAUGUUCAUAAAAGAGAAUAAAAGUUGUUUGAAUUCAAUGUUAUGUACUUGAAUGUGACUAGCGAUGUUGUGUAACUUUUGGAGGUGGACACACAGAAUCUUCAAUGAAACUGUUGUGUUUAUAACCAUGUAACAUGCUAAUAAAAGAAUAUAUGUAUUGUUACAA